CAAAAAAUUCGUCUUCGUGGUCCUAUGCCAGUAGCUGAUUACAUGCGUACAGUGGUGUCGUCGCCUUCUGUUGGUUACUAUUCGAGCUAUUCGAAAGAUGGUCGUGGUUCGGUGAUAUUCGGUGAAAAGGGUGAUUUCAUAACAGCACCUGAGUUGACUCAAAUGUUUGGCGAAAUAAUUGGUGUUUGGUGUUAUUAUGAAUUGGCUAAUACGGUUGAAACGUCGGAUAAUUUAAUAUUGGAACAAGAGAAGAGAUUAUGCUCGAGAGCAUCUGAAUUCAUCGAAAAUAAUGCACAUAUUCGUUAUAACACCACUCGUACGGGAAUACCGAUUUAUUGGUAUCGUAAUUUGAAUGAAAUUCCUGAAAAG